CAAAGUACUCAGAAAUUUGUGAUGGUCAUUCUAGUUGAAGUUUGGUGGAGACAGCCUAAGGUUUUUUAACCUCGAGAAUGAUGUUUAAUGAGACUCAGGUGUUCGAAGGAUUGACUGCUUGGUUUUCUACAAGUGUACCUGCAAGUUUGAAGUCUCUGUGGGUGAAGAGUGGGGGACUUCUCAGGAAAGAGUUCAAUGAUGUAGACUACAUUUUCAGUAGCAAUGCCUCUGCCAAAGAUACUUUAAGGAUUUUUAAUUCAAACAGUGAUGAGUUAACCAUUUUUAAUUCUUCACUAAUUGAGGAUGCUGUUAAAAAUGGCAAAAGUGUUUUAAGUGGAAAAUACUCAGGGGCUUAUAUUCUCAUUCAUCCCGCAUAUCAGGAAGAGAUUGACAAUUUUUGUAAAAAUAAGUGCCCAAGACUGUACAGAAGCGACGUGAGGCAUUCAGGAAGAAAAGAUGACAAGAAAAGUGGUCUUGAUGAAACUAAGAUCAAGAAAAGUGCAGGGAAAGCUGGGAUUCCUAAUGACAAUGAAGAUUCAGAUGAAUGGGAAUUUGAGGACAGGUCUGUGCCUGAAGUUCUUGAAAAAGUGAAGAGGAAUAUAGCAGAACGGAUUGGUGAUGAUCACUCAGACACAUGGGAUUUUAAAGACGACUCAAAUACCUCCCUUACCAGUAGGAAAACACAGAUACAGCCUAAGGAUAUUGAAAGUUUUCUAGAGGAGAAUAGGACUAUAGAGCAAGAAACAUCUGAUGAAUGGGAUUUCAAGGAUGAUCCUUACCUUCACAGUAAAAACUUAAAGGAUGCUAAGAACAAAACUGUGCAGAGAGACAGAAGAGACUCAAAAGUGUAUAGAUCACCACAUUCAAAUUUUGUUCCUGUUCCUCAGAAACAGCCAUGCAUCGAUACACAACCAAACAGAACAAAUGAAGAUGUUUGGAAUUUGUCUAAUAAUCCAAGUGCAACAUUUCCAAUUAGUGACAGGCCUUGUAAUAAUAAUAAUCAAGCUGACCAGAAGCAACAAGGCCAGAGUGGAUACAACUCAAAGAAACUAACAGAGCAAGACAGAGAGCAGCAAAUGCACAGUGGUGACUGUCAGGAAAUGUACUCAUCACAUGCACAAGAUGGCGAGCAAAGGGAGAGCUUUCUAGAUGACACUAAGUUAAAAUAUAAAGUUUCACCUGAUAAAGGCUUUAGACCCCGCUUUCUCAGCAGUAUGGAUGAUGGCUUUGUCCAUAUUGAUGACAUCACACUGCCAGAUGCUCCUAUAUAUGACUUCAUUCCAAAUCAUGCUGGCUGCAGAGUGGAUGCUAAAUAGACAAUCCCAAAGCACUCUCUAAAAGUUUUAAAUUUAAAUCAUUGCUUUAAGCUGUAGUUGUUUUUUUAUUGGAAACAAUUUGAAAAUAUCUUGAAGAAGUUUAUCAUUUUUAUAAAGGUCUGGAGUGUAUUUGAAGCCCCAUUUUAUAAGAUUUUUUGAGGGUUUAUUUGAUAUUCAAGAUGGUGCUAAGAUGUACAAUUUUUACUGCAUUGAAAUAAAAUAUUUUUUGCAUCAAGCCUUGCACAGCUCUUUGGUAUUUUCCAAGAAUGUGAAUUGAAUCUGUGGAUGUCAACUUAAAAUAAAACAAAUGAAAAAAGUAGUCACACUUCUUGAUGAAUUACAACUUUCUUGUUCCAACUUGAAUAAAAAAAGGAAAAUUUUUUCACUGUAGAACUGUAGUUGUUCAGUGUGCACUCAUCUUUUGUAUGCAACCAUGCC